AUGGCUUUCUGUUUUUUGCCAAUCUCGUUGGGAAACCACUAUGAAGCCUCACAUGCUGCUGCUGAUGAUGACUACUAUGGAUCUUCUAGACAUACAUCCUACGAGUUCAGGAAUGGAAAGUACUAUGAAACCCCUCAUGCUGAGGAUGAGGAUGAUUAUUAUGUUUCCUCUACAUGUGCAUCCUACAAGUCUAGGAAUGAAAUGAAUAGUGAAGUAUUUUUCAUUCUAUGUUUAUAUAAUAUAUAUAUAUAUAUAGCUUUUCUUUUAAAUGCAGGAAAGUUUUAUGAAAACCCUUAUGCUGAGGAUGAAGAUGAUUAUCACGUUUCCUCUACUGAUGCAUCCUGCACGUCCAGGAAUGGGAAGCACUAUGAAACGUCUUAUGCUGAUAAUGAUGACUAUGCAUAUUCUAGAGAUGCAUACUUCCACUCCAGAAAUGGUGAUGCUUUGGUGUUUCACCAUCGAAAUCAUAGAGAAGAAGAGGAUAGUACAAGAAGCUAUAUCCAAAGGCAUGAAACUCCCUGGUUGAGGAAGCAUGAUAAUAGACUUGCUUUUGAUUCCACACCUAAAUAUUUGAAUCGCAAACGGCAAUCUAUAGUGCCAUCUGAUUUUGAGUUGCUACUAAGUGAUGGAAUCGGUGGAGUCUCAUUGUUUGAAUGCGGAUUGUCUGAGGAACAAAAGGAGCAUAUCAGGUUUUCACUGGUUGGUAGAAAAAAGAACUUUGUUUACAUUGAAAGAAUUGGUGGGAGGGACACAAAUGUUCUCCAAGGACUUGAACUUCAUAGUCAAGUAUUCAAUGCUGAGGAGCAAAGGAAUAUUAUCAAGUAUGUCUAUAAAUUGCAAAAGAUGGGUCAAAAAGGGCAAUUUAAAGGGGCCGAAGCCAUUUGUGAUCAUUUGUUACAAAAGCAACAAGAGGCUUAGAAAGCAUAGAAC